AUGAAGCACUCUAUCGUUGUGUUGAUUCUCGCAAUCGCUACAAGGUAGAAAGCCCAUCUCAAAAGCUCGUGCUGUAUUGCUAACAGUCAAUUUUCUGAAAGCGUCCAAGCCGACCUGCACAAGUCUGCAGCAUGCGUUACCGGCAGGGACGGAUCAAGCUUUGAGCUUCUCCCUAACGCGACAAAAUGCGCCUGCGAAUUCUAUUUCCAGCGCAACACCGGCGACAAGCAGUGGGACCAAUGCCCCGACUGCACUUUUGUAGGUUACAAUCCACACAUUGAGAGUUCUUGA